AUGGCAACAGUUCAAGCACAACGUCCAACAAACACCCCAAUCUGCGAUUUCUACGCUUCUCAGAUAUUCGGAAACAACACUGCUACAUCUCAACGCGGUGUAAUGACACUAAUUCUCAACACCGCCAUUCUCGGAAACUACACCUCUCCCAACAUAGACGUCCCAGUCAGCGGUAUCGCCUCAGUCAGUACUUACAAUGGCACAUCAGUCAAUCUACUAAAGUACUUUGAUGCUGCUCUUUACUCCACGAAUGAUGGCCUACAUCCGUAUGGAGUCGCAAAGAACUUUCUUGAUGAUGGCGGAGCUGUGCCGAUUGGUAAAAGUAUGGCUUCUAACGGGAAUGUGAAUUCUGCUCAAUAGUAUGUUGAUCACCGAUACCCCUUCAAUACAAACAUGUUAACCUUGAUAGUAUACUUCUCACGCAUGUUUGGGAUUACUUUGGUGUUCUACUCAAUUGCUCACUCCAAGGCAAAGAUCCAUCUUUCCCAGCGUAUGCUGGGAAAACGAGCAUGUACGAAGUUCACAAGUAAGUCAAACCAAUUUUCAUCCAUCUCACUCCUCCGAUCAUGACCCCAGAAUGUUUAUUUUACAUUCUAACCUUGUAUAGAUACAUGAAAAUCGACCCCUACGAACAAGGCUGGUUCGUAUACCAACUCACCCUCGCCGCAAAAUCCAUAGGUUUCUCCCCAUCGGACACCACAAUCGCAAGUCCCCCCACCCCAACACCCACCCCCCUUCUCCUCAGCUAUCCCUUCUUCCCCAAAAUACUAACAUGCACAGUGGUUCAACACCCUUACAAGCCUCUUCACUUCCCGCUGCUCACCCCCAACAGCCAUCGGAAAUCAAGCCCCCAACUCCAAGCAAUCUGCAUCGAUGCAUCCUGUCCUCUUGCCUCUGACGCGAAUUGCGGACUCUAUGAUGAGGUUCCUGCGCCGGGGGUGGUUAAUGCUUCGCUUGUGGGGAAUUAUAUGAAGAUGAAUGGGACUGGUACUGGUAGUGGGACAUGGCAUGGUGGGAAUUCUAGUUUUAAUGGGACGAUGGGGUUUGUGGGUAUGGCGGGGAGGAAUACGUUGGGGGCUUGGAGUUUGGUUUUUGUGGGUUUGGUUGUGGGGUUGGGGUUGUGA